UGCACGUCUUAUGUUAUUUAUUAGGGAGUAUUAUUUCAUCUUGAGAAUUGUUAAGUGCGUGUAGCAUAUUACAACAUAAAUUAUUGUGUACAUAAUAUUGUUACAUAAUUUAGUAGUAUGUAUUUACUAGUACAUUUUGCCGUGUAUAUCUCCAGUAGUUAUAUCUCCGUGACCAGUAGUUAUAUUGUAGCUAUCACUUCGUAUAGAUAGGCAGGUACGUAGUUAGACUCUCAUCUAUUUAAAAUGGAGCCUUGAUCUCCGAUGAUGAAUAGAGAAAACAUUCCCGCCUCUUCAUGGUAUCAAGAGCCUAACACAAACGAGCAAUUUUUUUUCUCUCUCUUCGCUUCCAUGGCAAUCACCGAAUCAACCAGUGUUGUUGCCCUCACAGCAACCACUCAUUUUCCGAUCAAACUCACUGCUUUCAACUUUCCAGUUUGAAAAUAUAUGCCAAGUUCAUUCCACCCUUAUUGGCUUGGAACUAUAUUGAUGGCACCAUCAAAACCCUGAUCAUUUUCUAGACACGGCUAAAACCCAGCUCAAGUGCUCAACCCGUGCUAUAUUAUUUGGUAUCACCAAGAUAAAAGUAUCAUUAUUAGUGGACUUCUUGGCAGUUGUUCCGAUACCAUUCAACCAAUUAUUUCAUCUGCCCUCACGGCCAGAAUUGCAUUGGACAAACUCAAUCUCACCUGUGCAUGCGCAAAACACAACUUGCCCGUACCACCAAAUUUACACGUUCCAUCACCGUCUAUCUUACUGAGAUGCAAGCCCUUGCCGAAGCAUUAGCACUGGCUCAAAACCCGUUGUCUGAUGAGGACCUUGUUAUCAAUAUACUCAAUGGAUUGGGUUCUGAGUAUAACGAUAUCAGAUCUGCCAUCCACUAGCAGAACUUCAGGAAAUUCAGACUACUUUACAGGAACAAGCAGCUGCUUCAUAGCAAGUUUGAACUUAUAUCACAUGUCUGCAAACCAAAUCCAGCGUGCCUUGCACUCCACCUUUUAAGAGGUGUACUUUAAUUUGGAAGAUGAUUGAUUCGAUAGAGGGUGCUGAGUUCAUGCUACCCCAAACCAGAUUCGAGUAGAUCUUCCAUAUGUUCCAGGUUAUAAUCAUCCCUGGUGUGCCGAGAAGAAAAGGUUCCAGGUUUUCUCCAUCUGAUCCCUUGAUAUGCAGAUGCCAAGAUAGGAUCCCAGGUAUUUCAAAGGGAGAUAUGAAUGCCUCAUCCCCAACAAUUCUUUCAUCCUCAGGAUUCUAGCAGAAGAUAUUUUAGCAGUCACAAAUGUGCUCUUUUGAAGGAUUUCAGUGAUAUCCACCUCCUAUCGAACAGAGGACAAAUUUGAAAAGAAAGUAACAGCAUUUCCAGUGUCCCCUUGACUAGUGUAAAUGUUCCCAGCAGAGUCUGAAAUUUGGGUUAUGACUAUCAAUACAAAACGUGUGGCUUUUCUAGUCUUCAUCAUAAUUCUGGUAUAUGCAUCUGAUGCCAACCAUUCUAGUGGUGACGUAAAAUGCUAGAUCAUGGAUCUUGGAUCCGUCCUUGUAUUUCUUCCCGUCAAAACAUUGGAGUGCGAUUAAUUAGAUCGUUCCUAUAUUCAAGCUUGAUCAAAAUUCAACACUUCUUCAAAGUUUUCAACGGUAUGUAGUGAUAUACAUACUAGAUGUUGUAGCGUUCUCUCGUAUCUCGAACUGACUUAUCGAAUUAUCUCUAGAAGAGUCAUCACCAGCUUGUUGCGUACUCUGCGUGGCACCAUUUGUCGUGUCAAUAAGUCCUUGAAGGUCAAACUGACUUAUCGAAUCAACUCUAGAAGAGUCAUCAACACCUUGUUGUGUAUUCUGCAUGGCACCAAUUGUUGCGUCAAUAAGUCCCCGAAGGUCAGCUCCUAUUUCUAUCAUGCAUGGUCGAUUUCUUGGCUCCUCUUUCAAACAUUUCAUUGUGGUUAAUGCAAUUGCCUUUAUUUGUUCCAUAUUGCCCUUAGAGCUGUCAAACGGGCCAACCCGCCCCGACCCGCCCCGACCCGCGGCGGGUUAUGAGUUUCACGGGUCGGGGCGGGCCAACCCGCUUACUAUCGGGCCAGAAUUUUUAUGACCCUAACCCGACCCACCUAACCCACGGGUUAUGCGGGCCAGCCCGCGGGCCAUAAAUGUCAAAACAAAAAAACAAUUAAAUAUCUAAAUUAAAAUCCAAACACAAUUGUAAUAGCAAUUAAGUAUCUAAAUUAAAAUCCAAACACAAUUAAAAAGGAAAAAAUUAGUGCUUGAAAAUCCUUUGGUUGUAUGUUUGAAUGUAUCAUCGUGGGUAAGUGGUAUACUUAAAAAGUUAAAAGAUGAAAUACUUAAAAAGCUUUAAUGUAUUAUGUGGGUAUACUUAAGCUGAAAUACCGCAAAUACCUAAUUUCUCAUUUAUUUAGACUGAUUUGGAUAUCAUGAAUAAAACAGCAUAGAAGUCCUUAUGUUAUAAAACAAUAUAGCAAAGAAUACAUUAAAAAUACAUUUAUUUAGUCUAAUUUGGAUAUCAUGAACAAAAUACAUUAGUAUUAGAAGUGAGGAAAGAACUAGAAGUAAAGAGAGAGUAUAAUAGAAGAUAUAAUUGUCUUAUAUAGAAAUAAUAUAAUUAAAAACACAUAGAAUAAAUUAUAUUUGUCCUCAGCCCGCGGGUUGGCCCGCAACCCGUACGGGUUGGCCCGCUAAACCCGCAACCCGUUAGGGUUGACCCACUAAGCCCGCAAAACAAUCGGGCCUGAAAAUGAUAGCCCUAACCCACUUAUAAGUGGGUUGAAACGGGCCAACCCGCGGGUUUCGGCCCGUUUUGACGGCUCUAAUUGCCCUCCAUGACAAUAAAAUGGUCUAAUAUGUCAACCAAACGCUCUUCCUGCAUAGUUGACUUAAAGGUGCUCACCAAAAGAUCGUUAGUGCUCUCAAAUAUAGUUAGAGGUCUUUCUUUGGUCAAUAAUUCUACUAGUACUACACCAAACGCGUAAACUGACUGAUGACAAUCAUGAUGUAUGCGCAUUUGGUGUAAUAGUAGUAGAAUUAUUGACCCGAGAAAGACCUCUAACUAUAUUUGAAGCACUAACAACCUUAUGGUGUGCUCCUUUAAGCCGAUUAUGCAGGAAGAGCGUUUGGUUGACAUAUUUGACCAUUUUCUUGUCGUAGAGGGCAAUAUGGAACAAAUGAAGGCAGAUGCAUUAACCACAAUGAAAUGUUUGAAAGAGGAGCCAAGAAAUCGACCAUGCAUGAUAGAAGUAGGAUCUGACCUUCGGGGACUUAUUGACGCAACAAAUGGUGCCAUGCAGAGUACGCAACAAGGUGUUGAUGACUCUUCUAGAGUUGAUUCGAUAAGUCAGUUUGACCUUCAAGGACUUAUUGACGCGACAAAUGGUGCCACGCAGAGUACGCAACAAGCUGGUGAUGACUCUUCUAGAGAUAAUUCGAUAAGUCAGUUCGAGAUACGAGAGAACGCUACAACAUCUAGUAUGUAUAUCACUACCAUUGAAUUUUUUGGAAGAAGUGUUGAAUUUUGAUCAAGCUUGAACAUAGGAACGCAUGCAACGUUGUUCGAUGCCAUGCACACGUGGCAAUGUUAUUGUUUAUUUCUAUGUUGAUGAAUAACUUAUAGUUGGUUAGCUGUUUUUUAGGAAUUGAUCAAAUCUUUUUGUUAUCCAUGUAUUCAAACGUGUGGUUGACCUUAUUCGUAGGAGUUAGUUCAGUUCACUUAUACGUGCAUGAUUUGUUUCACCUUUGUAAAAACUAUAUAAAGCCUUAUAAUGUUCAAUAAUAUAUAUUACAAUAUUUUUUUGCUCCUUCAUGUAUCGUAGCCUUCUCCAAGAUUUAUAUUUCAGUUUAAGCUUUUGGUUAACAUUUGGUAUCAUAACUAGAGAGUGAUCAAAACCAAAAAUAGAAAGAGUGAAACAAUGCUUAAUGCUCCAAGUGGAUUUAUAAGACUAAAUGUAAUUCGGAUGAGUCUAUUGAGCGUCAUAAAGCUCGUUUAGUUGCUCAGGGGUUUUGCUCAGGGGUUUAAUCAACAGACAUGUGGCAUUUGAUUUCAAACUAUGUUUCCGCUGUGUAUUUAAUUGCUUAUUAUGCAUGUUUAUGGAUGACUUAUGUGUUAAUGAUAUUCGAGACGCUUUGUAUAAUAUGAAUGUGUUUGACUUUGGUUGACUAUUCGUAUUGUACGGCGGGUUGUUGACGUGUCCGGAUCGGUCCGGGGCGUGACAUAAAAGGCAUGGGAAGGCAUAGGAAGGCAUGGGAUGCUAUAUGGGAAGCAUGCAAUUGUCUCCCAGCAUUUUCCUAUAAAUAGGAUGGUUCUUGCUUGAUCAAAAGCAUCAAAAAUCGGAGAGAAAAAUAGUGAAAGUCAUACACAUAGAGUGAUUGUAUAAGAGAAUUGUUUUUUUUUUGUAAUAGUUGAGUGAGAGAGUUGCUUCUCCUAUUCUUAUUAUGUUCUGAUUAUGAAUAGAAGAAUUUUCCGUUCCUAACGCUUAUGACUCUCAAAAUGUGCUGCAUAUCAAAAGGUUGCUUUUCC